CGGACUCGGCUCCUCCCGUGGAGACCUGGCCGGGAUUCGGGCAGACUCGGCUCAGCUCGCAAGGAUUCGGUUCCGCAGUCGGGCGCGCUCGGGCCGGAGCCGAGCGGUUUGCGCUCCCCGCGGAACCACCUUUCCCGGCUGAGGUCAGGGGUCAGAGGUGAAGAGUGGGUGGCGCGGAGUGGAGCGUGCGCGGCGAGUGGCAUGUGUUAGGGGCUGAAGAGUUUGGGCGAUUCACCUCCAUCCCUCCUGCUCCCCGCCGCUCGGUCACCAGGUGAAGACGGACAAGCGCCCGCCCAUCAUGAAGGGUCGCCGGAUUGAGCUUGGAGAUGUUACCCCACACAACAUUAAACAGCUGAAACGGUUAAACCAAGUCAUCUUCCCUGUAAGUUACAACGACAAAUUCUACAAGGAUGUGCUGGAGGUUGGAGAACUUGCAAAAUUAGCUUAUUUCAACGACAUUGCAGUGGGUGCAGUGUGCUGUAGAGUGGAUCAUUCGCAAAACCAAAAGCGAUUGUACAUCAUGACUCUGGGAUGCCUGGCACCGUACCGCAGACUAGGAAUAGGAACUAAAAUGCUGAAUCAUGUGUUAAACAUCUGUGAAAAGGAUGGGACUUUUGACAAUAUUUAUCUGCACGUUCAAAUCAGCAAUGAAUCAGCUAUUGAAUUCUACAGAAAAUUUGGCUUUGGAAUAAUAGAAACUAAAAAGAACUACUACAAGAGGAUAGAACCAGCUGAUGCACAUGUACUGCAGAAAACCCUCAAAUACAUUUCUCCAUGCCAGAGUGUGGAAAAUCAAAAGUGAAAUAGUAGCUGAGCUUGCACGUUUGUUGCCAAAAAAUGUCUGUACAGACGGUUGGGGGGUGCGUGUCGAGAGGAACCUGUUCUCUACAACGCGUUGUGGCAAUAUUCUUACCACGUUAACCUGAAACCACUCAAAAUUAUUCUUGCAUAAAGCAUUCUGUAUCUUCACCAGUUAGAAUUAAUGUAUCUGAGACAAACAACCCAUCUGCCAGAACUGUAAUCAAAGCAUGGGGUUUGGGCAUGUUUUUAUUACUUUACCAGGUUCUAUAUGGGAUUUUUUUUUUGUUUUCCAAUUCAAACGUGCAAAGAAGUGAUCUGAUUUUGUAUUUAAAAGAAAUUCAGACCUAUUCAUGCAUAGUUCAUUUUUUUUUCCAUAAAAGUUGAAUUAGUACUUUCAAGAACUAAUUGUCCUAUGAACUUAUUUGUGCCUAUUGGAGUUAUAUCUCCCACUUUUCAUUUCAUGGAAUAAAUAUUUCAAUUUUAAAGGUGAGACUGGAUAGUCUUGUGUGCUCACUGGUUCAUUUUGUCAGCAGGAAUCUUGUCCAAUCAUUUGUGCUGCUGGCAAAGUCCCAUGUGCCCACGCUUUUGUCUUGAUUCUACUGUUUGUUUCUACUCAAUGUCUAGAACAGCUAUCUGUUUCAUAACACAAGCCUGUGAUACACAAGAGUUGGAUGAGACUUCACUGGAACACAAAGGGUCAAAUGAAGUGAUGAAUGAAGUGUUGGAUAAAUUAUUAAAAAUUUACUUUUUAGAAAUCUUCCAUGUGGUGUGAAUGUCACUAGCAAAGUUGUUACCUAUCCCUGUUUGCCCUCGAGAAGGUGUCGAGCUGUUGCAUUGAACCUGCUGCAGUCUACCUACACUGGGGCGGCACUGUGGCUCAGUGGUUAGCAUUGCUGCCUCACAGCGUCAGGGACUCUGGUUUGAUUCCCCCCUCGGGCGACUGUGUGGAGUUUGUAUAUUCUUCUCUUGUCUGCAUGGGCUUCUUCCAUUUGCUGCAGUUUCCGCCCACAUUCCAAAGAUUUUAGGUGGAUUGGUCAAGCUAAAAUUGCCCAUAGUGUCCAGAGAUGUGCAGGCUAUGUGGAUUAGACAUAAGAAAUGCAGAUUAUACAGGGAUAGGGUAAGGGAGUGGUGAGUCUGGGUGAGGUGCUCUGAUGGUCAGUGUUGACUUGAUGGGCAAAAUGGCAUGCUUCCUCACUGUAGGGAUUCUGUGAUCCUAUUCUAUGAAGUUGUAAUAUUUUGAUCCAGUGACACUGAAGGAAGGCUAAAAUAUAAAUCCAAAUUGAGAUGGUGCAUGGCUUCCAGGGCAAUUUGCAGCUGGUGGCUUUUCCAUACCUCUUGCACAUAUUAUUCUAGUUGGUAAGGUGCUAUCAAAGGAGCCUUGGUGAGUUGUAAUAAUGCUUUAAAGGUGGUGUACAUAAUUUUCCUUGUGCAUCAGUGGUGGAGUAUGUGAAUGCCAAUAAAAUGUGAAGCUGGAAAAAGCACAGCAGGUCAAGCAGCAUCAGAUGAGCAGAAGAGUCGAUGUUUCGGGAAGGACCUUCAUCAGGUCCUGCCUGUAACGUAGACCGUCCUGUUUCUGUGAUGCUGCUGGACCUGCUGUGUUUUUUCCAGCUUCGCAUCUUACCAGCUCUGACUUUCCAGCAUCUGCAGUCCUCACUGUCUCCAAGUCGGAGUAUGUGAAUGGUUGGUGGAUGCAGUUGCUGAUCAAGUGGACUGUCUUGGAUGUUGGAGCUGUGUCACCCAGCCUAGUGAAGAGUAUUCCAUCACAUUUCUGACUUGUGCCUUGCAGAUGGUAGGCUAUCUUAGAGACAUUAGAUUUGUUACCCCAGAAUAUUCUUUUAAAUAUAUUUAUUCUUUCACGUGAUGUAGCCAUCACCAGUAAGGCUAUUUGUUCUCUGUUUUUAAUUGCCCUUAGACUGCGUGACUGAGCAGAGUAUUGCAGAGGGUAGUUUAGCUCAUUGCUGUGGGACUGGAGUCACUUGUAGGUCAGACCAGGAAGCAGAUUUCCUUCCGUAAAGAAUGCUUAGUGAACUUUGGUUUUCGUGACAAUUGAUGGAUUCCAUCACUGGACUAUUUUCAAUUCCAGAUUUGUUUCUUAAAUUCCAACAGCUGUCACAAUAGAUCUUAACCCCUGUCCCCAGAGCAAUAGCUUGGCCUGUUAGAUUACUAGUCCAGUGAUAAUACCAUUACUCCACCAUCUUCUCAGGAUUCCCAGCCACUGUCUGGCCAUUAGAGCUACAGUAUCCAUAUAGUUGAUCCAGUUCCAUUUCUCAUCAAUGAUAACUCCCCCAGAAUAUUGAUGGUGGGGGAUUCAAUGUAGGUAAUGGCAUCAAAUAAGGAAAUGCUAGAGGAAUUAAAAAACUAAUUUAGUUUGACCUUUUACAGAAGAAGACACAUAACCUGUCUGAAGUGCUGGGGAAGCAAGGGUUUAUUGGAAGUAGGAAUCAAAGGAGGUUAGUUUAAAAACUGAAAGCUGAUACUACAUAAGGUCGGUGGUAAAAUAUUGGUAUGGAUUGUGAAUUCGUACGGUAUGGUAGUAUUGGUAUGGAAUAGCAAUAGCAAGAAACACAGCAGGAAUAAACUGAUCAUUUUUGGAGUGGAAAGUGCUGCAGGGGUGAGUGUUUCAUUCCCAGCUAUUCAAAUAUAUAUCAGCGAAUUCAAUGAGAGAAUGGAGUGUAAUAUUUCAAAGUUUGCUGAUGAUCGAAAUAAUGUUGAGUUGCAAGAAAGAUGUAAAGAGACUUCAAGACAAUUUAAACAAGUUUGGUGAGUGGACAAAUGUAUAGUAGACGCAGCAUAACAUGGAUAAAUAUGAAGUUGUCCAUUUGGAUAGGCAAAUAGAUGUUGGGUGAAGGUCCAGAGAAAAAGCUAACCAUCUUAGGAUACAUGGUAGACCCGUUUCAGACUGAGGUGAAGAGGCAUUUUGUCACUUGGAGAUUGGUGAACUGUGGAAUUCUCCACCACAGAGUACCAUGCAAGCCAAUUCCCUGCGUUUAAGAAAGAAAUAGAUUUAUUGAUGCUAAAGAUAUCCGUGCCUGGGGAUGGAGCAGGCAUAUGGUGUUGAAGUAGAGGAUCAGCUAUGAUCCAUGUGGAGUAGGCCCACAGUUUUUUCCUGCAUCUAUUAUUUACAUUUAUAUGAACGUUGUGGAGGUGAUGAUUAAAUUCUGCCUUAUUGGAAACUAUCAUUGUUCACAUUUGUACAAUGUGAAUGUUAUUUGUUACUUAACAGUCCAGAUCUUGCUUUAUAGGAAUACAGGUGGUUUCAGCACUGGAGGAGAUGCGAAUGGUACUGGACACUAGGCAAUUAUUUGAGAGCAUUCCCACUUCUCAGCAUAUGAUGGAGGGAGGUAUUGAUGUGGCUGAAGCUGAGGACACUACCCUAAGGAACUCCUGCAGUAAUGUUCUGAGACUGAUUGAUUGAUUGUAAUUGAAGGUCAAGCCAACCAUCUUUCUUUGUGCUGGGUAUGAUUCUAACCACUGGAGUCCCAUUCCUUGAUUCUCAUUGCGUUCAAUUUUAUCAGCUUCUUGAUGCUACUCUUGGUCAAGUGCUGUCUUUUAUCAAGAGUAAUCACUGUCACCUCUCAAGUCCAUCUCUUUAUCCAUGUUUGGUGGAAGGCUACAGUGAGAUCAGGACCUGAGGGUAGUGAAAGUAUGUAACUUCACAUUUUCCCAUAUAACGUUGGUCUCAAUGUAUUCCAUCUAUCGACUUGUUUCCAACUCAUUUGCAGCCUCUGUGUCCUCACAGAUUUCAUUCCCGCUUAGCUUUGUAUCACCAACCUACUUAGGUGAUGAGACAGACGGUAAUAUGUCUAAUUUGUUAGUACAAAUUAUAAAUAACACGGACUACAGUUAUGAAUCUUGUGGUACUCAAGUAUUCACAGCCUCCCAAUUUGGAAAUUCCCCAUUCGUGACUGCUUUUUGGUUACUGUUAGUUCACUAAACUCAUCCAUGCAAAUGUAUUGAUCCAGCUCCAGGGGCCCUUAUUCUAUAUUAAUCUUUUGUGUGUCACAUUAUUUGAAUGCCUUGAUGAAAUCCAGAGAUACAAAUCUAUUGGUUCCCUUUUAUUUAUCUUUAUUAGUUACACACUUAAAGCUAAUAUUUGUCCAAACAAGAUUUCUAAAGUUUUUCUAAAACCAUGUUGACUUUGAUCAUAUUAUGCUUUUCUAAGUGCAUUCAUUUUUUUUUAUUGUAGAUUUUAGCAAUGGUGAUGAGCUUCAGUGCAUUUAUACAAAUUGAGUGUUUCAGCACUAUCAUGUAAUACCUUGCCUGUCUUCUCUUUUGUUAUACAGUAUGUCAAUGAGUUUGGAUUUAAGACAGACUGGUUGAGGAAAAGGCAAGGUCAACAGCCACCUUCAGUCUUUGGCUUCUAUAUAACACUGUUUGUUCUGUAUUAAGACUGAAUAUUAUAAUACAUAGUUUUCCAAGAUCUAAUCUUACUGUCCUAUUUUUGAAAGGCAAUUCCGUGAACUCUACCACCUAAUGCUUGUCAUUCUAAUUCUACAUGAUUAUCUGCACAUUUCUCAUGUUCACGUAGCUAGACUUCAUGCUGCUGCUCUCUUGCAUUUAUUUAAUUCUGUACACAAUGCUAUUUAUUAGAGUGAGGAACAACUCCUUGACAUUAUCACAAGGUUGUUCCAAGGUCCCAGUGUCUCUGAACAGCUCUCCUCCAUGCUUUUCUUCUGCCAUGAUAAAAAUUAAUUAAGUUACGUGAUCAGUAUUUACCCUGUUUACUAUACAAUGUUUCCUUUUAUCUCUCCCAACGCUCCCUAAGUCUUUGACUUUGUUCAUCUUCAUUGGUCAGGUGGGUAAGGAAAGUCUUUGAUUAGCUAUAGAAAAAGUUGCGGUGAAAUUAGGGAGUGUUUGUUUCUCUGCUGACUUCUGUUAUAUUGAAAAUGUCAUUGAUUUGGUGGUCUGCCACCACCUUGAAUAGGAAGUGCAAAACUGGGAUCAGUCAAGGGUAAAUGGCAUUUUGUAACACACUGCCAGUUGUACCUUACUUAUUCCAGUUGAUCACGUGGUUCCUACACUAAAGGAGGCAAUGAAGAGGCAGGAACGAUUUGAUGAAGUGACGGGAAUGCAGUAGAUGUGUGUUUCUCAUCAAUCUGUUGUCUAUCUAUCAUAUGAUCUAAUAUUCUUCCCACAUAGAAGAGAAGUCUGAUAACCCAUUAUGUAAUCCUGAAGCUGUUCAUUGCAUACAAAUUGUGCUUUCCACAUUCACCAGUUUGCUGAUUUUUAUCAAAUGGAUCUGAUAGUUUCAAUUUUUUCAGUGUAAAGAUUAGUAUGGAUGAUUUUUGUUAUAUUGGCUGAUUGUUGAUAGGCCAUAGACAUUGUUUUAUUUCCUUGAUCUUGAAAAUCAUUUGGAUUUUGAUCUGUGUAUAAUACUGUUGCUUCCAUGUUAUAAUCUUAGUUAAUUAAAGUUAUUUAUUGAAA